AUGGGAACAAAAAAAAAGUCUGACAUUUACUCAGUCGAGAUCAGUGGAACAAAGGAUUUAGAAGUAACGGGCAAAGAGGAUGAAAAAGAAAAGUACAAAGAUUUGAAAGGGAACAAGAAAAAGGGCAAGACCGAAGACCUCAAGAAAGAGCUGGACCUGAAUGAUCACAGACUCAGCAUUCAAGAACUGGAAGAAAAAUAUGGCACAAAUAUAGUUAAAGGUCUUACAAGUGCAAGAGCUGCAGAGGUUCUGGCCAGAGAUGGUCCUAAUGCUCUUACUCCCCCCAAAUCGACUCCUGAAAUCAUCAAGUUUCUCAAACAAAUGAUAGGAGGCUUUUCCCUUCUCUUGUGGGUUGGUGCCGUUCUCUGCUGGAUUGCCUUUGGGAUUCAGUACGCUCAGAAAGUUUCUUCAGCAUUUGACAAUCUCUACCUGGGUGUCGUCCUUGCCUUGGUUGUAAUUCUUACUGGAAUGUUUGCUUAUUAUCAAGAAGCUAAAAGUACAAACAUAAUGUCCAGCUUCAGUAAAAUGAUCCCACAGCAAGCCCUUGUGCUCAGAGAUGCAGAGAAAAAAGAAGUACCAGCAGAUCAACUAGUGGUGGGUGACAUUGUCGAAAUCAAAGGUGGGGACAGAAUACCAGCUGACAUCAGGCUAAUCGCCAGUCAGGGUUGUAAGGUGGAUAAUUCUUCCCUCACUGGGGAGUCAGAGCCACAGUCCCGGUCCUGCGAAUUCACGCAUGAAAACCCACUGGAGACCAAAAAUAUUGCUUUCUACUCCACGACUUGCUUGGAAGGCACUGCUACUGGCAUAGUCAUCAAUACAGGCGAUAAAACCAUAAUUGGGCGGAUUGCGUCGCUCGCGUCUGGUGUCGGGAAUGAGAAGACACCAAUUGCCCUUGAGAUAGAACACUUUGUGCAUAUUGUGGCUGCUGUAGCUAUCUCAAUAGGGGUGCUCUUCUUCAUCAUUGCCGUCUCCAUGCGUUAUCAUGUGCUGGAUUCCAUCAUCUUCCUCAUUGGCAUCAUUGUGGCCAAUGUACCGGAGGGGCUGCUGGCCACUGUUACUGUGAGUUUGUCUCUGACUGCAAAGAGAAUGGCCAAAAAGAACUGCCUGGUGAAGAACCUGGAAGCGGUUGAAACGCUGGGCUCUACUUCUAUCAUCUGUUCAGACAAGACGGGGACCUUGACGCAAAACAGAAUGACAGUCGCCCAUCUUUGGUUCGACAAUGCCAUUUACUCCGCUGACACCAGUGAAGACCAAUCAACCCAGACUUUUGAUCAAACAUCCGGCACAUGGACGGCAUUAUCAAAGAUUGUAUCCCUUUGCAACCGGGCGGAAUUCAGACCAGGGCAGGAAAACGAACCCAUCAUGAAGAGAAUUGUAGUGGGAGAUGCUUCAGAAACAGCAUUGCUGAAGUUUUCUGAAGUUGUUUUGGGAGAUGUGAUGGAAAUCAGAAAGAGAAAUAGGAAAGUGACUGAGAUCCCCUUCAAUUCCACAAAUAAGUUUCAGCUUUCCAUCCAUGAGACCGAUGAUCCCAAUGAUAAACGCUUCCUGCUGGUGAUGAAAGGUGCCCCUGAGAGGAUCCUGGAGAGGUGCAGCACCAUGAUGAUCAAUGGAAAAGAGGAGCCGCUUGACGAAGAGAAGGCAGAGGCUUUCCAAACAGCAUACAUGGCAUUGGGAGGCAUGGGAGAGCGGGUGCUGGGCUUCUGCCAUUUGUACUUACCUGAGGAAGAAUUUUCAGAGAUGUAUCCUUUUGAUACGGACUCCAUGAACUUCCCUACAUCCAAUCUUUGCUUUGUGGGGCUCAUGUCGAUGAUUGACCCUCCUCGUUCCACGGUCCCAGAUGCUGUCCUCAAAUGUCGGAGUGCUGGGAUCAAGGUGAUCAUGGUCACCGGUGAUCAUCCAAUCACAGCCAAAGCCAUUGCCAAAAGUGUAGGCAUCAUUUCAGCCACCAGUGAGACAGUGGAAGACAUUGCAAAGCGCCUCAAUAUACCAGUUGAGCAGGUGAACAAACGAGAAGCCAAAGCUGCGGUAGUGAAUGGGAUGGAGCUGAAGGAUAUGACAUCAGAACAGCUGGAUGACAUCCUGCUGCACCAUUCAGAAAUUGUCUUUGCUCGAACUUCACCUCAACAAAAACUGAUCAUAGUGGAGGGCUGCCAAAGACAGGAAGCAGUCGUUGCAGUGACUGGAGAUGGCGUCAAUGACUCCCCUGCUCUGAAGAAAGCCGACAUAGGGAUUGCGAUGGGAAUUGCGGGCUCCGAUGCAGCCAAGAAUGCGGCUGACAUGGUCUUGCUGGAUGACAAUUUUGCGUCUAUUGUCACCGGAGUAGAGGAAGGUCGCUUGAUCUUUGACAACCUGAAGAAAACGAUCGCCUACACCUUGACCAAAAACAUUGCUGAACUCUGUCCGUUCCUCAUCUAUAUCAUUGCAAGCAUCCCAUUACCCAUUGGCACCAUCACCAUACUUUUUAUUGACCUUGGCACCGACAUUAUCCCUUCCGUUGCGCUGGCCUAUGAAAAAGCUGAAAGUGAUAUCAUGAAAAGGAAGCCGCGUCAUAAGAAAAGGGACAGGCUGGUCAACCAGCAACUUGCAGUGUACUCCUAUUUGCAGAUUGGCAUUAUACAGUCCAUUGGAGCCUUCCUGGCCUACUUUACAGUUUAUGCUGAACAGGGCUGGCUGCCUUACUCCCUUCUCAACAUCCGAGUCAAGUGGGAAGAUCCAUCUAUCAAUGCCCUGGAGGACAGCUAUGGGCAAGAAUGGACUUUUGAGCAACGAAGAAACCUGCAGUAUCAUGGCUACACUGCCUUUUUUGUCAGCAUCACUAUUCAGCAAGUGGCUGACCUGAUCAUCCGCAAGACACGAAGGAAUUCCAUCUUCCAACAAGGGCUCUUCAGGAAUAAAGUAAUCUGGUUGGGCAUCAUCUCCCAGAUAGGAAUUGCUUUGAUUCUCUGCUAUGGCCUUGGAAGCGUUAAUGCCUUAAACUUCACGCCACUCCGGUUUCAGUAUUGGUUUGUUGCCAUGCCUUAUGCUUUCUUGAUAUGGGUCUAUGAUGAAAUUCGCAAGCUGUUCAUCAGGCGUUAUCCAGGAAGCUGGUGGGAUAAAAAUAUGUAUUACUGA